AUGACACUGCUCCUGUGGCUGUCAUCUUGGAAUACCAUCUCUGCACUGGGAGUUUUUCUUACUGUCUUUACCAUACUUGUUGAUUUCAUGAAGCGCAGAAAGAAGUGGAGCCGUUACCCCCCAGGCCCAGUGUCGCUGCCAUUUGUCGGGACCAUGCCGUACAUUAACUACCACAACCCACAGCAUUCCUUUGAGAAGUUACGCAAGAAGUUUGGAAACAUCUUCAGUCUCCAGAACUGCUGGACCAACGUAGUAGUGCUGAAUGGGUACAAAACUGUGAAGGAAGCCCUGGUCAACAAAUCAGAGGACUUUGCUGACCGGCCAUACUUACCGAUAUAUGAACAUCUGGGCUACAGAGAUACAUCUGAAGGGAUUAUUUUCGCAAGAUAUGGACGUGCCUGGAAGGAGCUAAGGAAAUUCACGCUCACUACUUUGAGGAACUUUGGGAUGGGAAAGAAGUCCUUGGAGGAGCGAGUGACUGAGGAGGCAGGAUUUCUGUGCUCUGCGUUCAAUUCUGAAGGUCGUCCUUUCAAUCCUCAUCUUCUUGUACAUAAUGCAGUCUGCAAUCUCAUCUGCACCAUCACCUAUGGAGAGCGUUUCGACUAUGGUGACGAGACAUUCAAGAAGCUGUUAACUUUGUUUGAAAACUCUAUAAAAGAAGAAGUUGGAUUCCUGCCUCAGCUUCUUAAUGUGGCGCCCAUUUUGUUGCGCAUCCCUGGACUGACACAGAAGAUCUUCCGAUGGCAAAAGGCAUACACAGACUUCACAGAAAAGCUCAUAGAUAAGCACAAGGAGAGCUGGAACCCUGCUUACACCCGAGAUUUCACUGAUGCAUUUUUAAAGGAAAUGGCAAAGGGUAAGGAGGCUGAAGAGAAUGGUUUCAAUAAAAACAACCUUAACCUGGUGACCUCAGACUUGCUUGCAGCUGGUUCUGAGACCACCUCCACCACCCUCCGAUGGGCGUUCCUGUUCAUGCUUUUGUACCCAGAAAUACAGAGUAAAGUGCACAAAGAGAUUGAUAAGGUGAUUGGAAGAAACCGACCGCCCACCAUGGCAGACCAAGCAAACUUGCCCUACACCAAUGCCGUCAUCCAUGAAGUACAACGCUGUGGGAACAUCGUUCCUAUGGGGCUACUUCACAUGACAUACCGGGACACUGAGCUUCAAGGUUUCUUCAUUCCCAAGGGGACAACAAUCAUCACCAACUUGACUUCCGUGCUGAAGGAUGAGACAGUCUGGAAGAAGCCAAAAGAGUUUUAUCCGGAACAUUUCCUGAACGAGAAUGGGCAAUUUGUGAGACCAGAGGCCUUCUUGCCCUUCUCCGCAGGUCGACGCGCCUGCUUGGGGGAACAGCUGGCCAGGAUGGAGCUCUUCAUCUUCUUCACCACUCUCAUGCAGAAGUUCACCUUUGUGAUCCCUGAAGAUCAGCCCAGGCCACGGGAGGACAGUCACUUUGCUCUUACAAACAGCCCACACCCAUACCAGCUGCAAGCUGUUCCAAGAUAAGUGUGCACCGCUUCACUCAGAAACCACCACAAACACCGUCAGAAAUGUUGCAGGGCUACAUAGAUCAUGCCAGGUUCUAGACAUUCUAAGUCUGUGCAGAAGUCCCCAGCUGUUUAAAGUAAGGAUGUGGCCCAGUAUCCAUAGCUUAGCUUAAUUUCAGUCCUGGAUCUUGAAUCCCACAGCCAUGACAAGGUACAGGUGGUGGUCAUAUUUGCAUAUUUACUCAAUCAAGCCACUUCUGCUGGGCAAAAGCUUCAGCACUUACAAGGUAAUAUUUCCCUGCAGGACUACACACGAUUUCAGAGUACUGCCCCUGACCAUGCAAUAUACAUACACUCCCUGCUUUACUUCAUCUUUACUGUACUGCAGUUUAGUGCACACAUACUGCACUGCCUUCAUGUACAACCCUAAAGAAAGCAAAAUGCCUGCCAAUGAGGAUUCCAGAAGGAGGAACUACUGAGGAGGACAUAAAUAAUCAAUAUGAUGUCUCAGCUCCAGAACCAGGUAAAAUACUUCUGAAAUACAUAAAUUCCGACAGAUGUAUUUCAAGAGGAAUUCUGGUGCUUCCGUUACUAUCUCCUAUCCAAUUAGCUCGCCAAAACUGUUUUUUUCAGCAUUACCUAAAGUCAGGGAAGGUUUGAAACUCAUACAGUUACACCACUUGAAUGAAUUAGCUGCAGAUGUCAGAGGUGGCUUUCUUUUUCUUCCUGCAACAUGGUUGACCAGAUGUUUUGCAAGGUGUUAAUGCUGACCUUCAUACUGGUAGUAAAUACAGCAUGAAUGAGCUUCUUUCUAUAAUCGCAACAAAAAAGCUGCUGAAACAGUGCACACAUACAUACAUUUCUCUUUCUCAUACUAAUUUUGGGACCUAUGAAAGCUACCACAUUGCGUAUGUGAUUACCAACACUACUGUUAAGAUUUCAGCAUCAGCAGAACUGCACAUUUAUGUUUCUCACCUACAAGAUAAUCUGACAAAAUAAAAGUGAUCUGGAAGGCCUG